AUGGAUGACGAAAUCGAGGCUAUGGAACAGAGGCCAGUGAGUGCCCGACGAACUUAUACUAUGAGAAACAAUGCCGCAAGGCAAGUGGCUGUCAACUUCAUGCCAUCGCGACAACUACCAUACAGUACUCUUCGUCUGAGACGUAACAACUCUGAACACAAUGCGUUACUCGACGAGGUGUGCGAAGCUGUUGAUGCUCCCGACGCUGUCGACAAGCAGGCUGAAAUCAUUGUCCGAGAGAUGGAACAACACCAACAGCUAAUGGAUGAUUCUCCUGUCGCUGAAGAGUUAAGGAGAGAAGCUUUAAGAGAUCUGCCUCAAGGUCUUACAAUGAAGAGAAACGUGCGCGCCAAGUUAUCUGCCUCUGUAAGCCUUAGAUCUAAGAGAAGACCUAUCUCUUUCUUUAGGAGGAUGAAGUACAGAAUCAGCUUUGCAGGUAAAAAGAUGCAUGACCGUCUUCGAAACCUGAUCUUCUCCAUCGAACUCUGGUACGAAGCCAUUCGCAACAUCGAGGGUCACUUUGGCUCAGCAGUGGGAUCAUACUUCUAUUUCCUCCGCUGGCUGUUCGCCAUAGACUUGGUGCUGGCCAUUUUUGUGGUCGCCUUUGUGGUCAUACCGCAAGUGUUCCAUGAUAAAGAAGGAGAUUCCAUCAAGUUCGGCUUCCUGGAUUUCAUAAGUGGUACGGGUGCUCUAGAGGAUUCGUUGUUGUUCUAUGGUCAUUACCAUGACGGUGACGUGUCCGCUAUACCGAACCUCACGUACAACAUGCCGUUCGCUUACUUCUUCACCAUGGUUUGCCUGUAUAUUAUAUUCUUUGGGGUAUUGUGCUACAGGACGGCAUACUCGUACCGUUUGAACUUCAUAUACACGGCGGGUGGGCUGAGCCAUGUGUACGCCAACAAGGUGUUCUGCGGCUGGGACUUCGGCGUGGUCUCGGAGCAGGCCGCUGCGCUCACCGCCAACAGUCUCUACAACGAGUUCAAGGAGUUAUUGAACGAGCAGAACAAAAAGCAAGUGUCAGUGUCGGCGCUCACCAGGCUCGGUCAGUACGCGGCCAACGUGGCGGUGACGGCGCUGGUGCUGGCGCUGAUCGGCGCGGCGCAGUUCGCGCUGUGGCUGCUCGUGGCGCUCCGCCCCUCCCUGCCCUACUGGGAGCUGUUCGUCUCCUUCGUCAUCACCGCCGUCAUCACACUGUGCCCGCUGUUCUUCCAUGUUGUUGUCAAGCUGGAGUUCUACCGGCCGCGCAUGGCGCUGUACGUGACCAUCGCGCGCACGUGGCUCCUGGACGUGGGCACGCUCACGCUACUGCUCGUCUACUACACGCGCUCCGACAUUCAGUGUUGGGAAACGUCGUUCGGACAGGAGACAUACCGUUUGGUGUUGCUAGACACAGUUAUUUCACUGUUUGUGUUGCCAUUGUUUGAGUUCACUAGAGCUUUAGGUCAUAAAUUUAGUCCAUCAGAAAAUGCUCCAACGUUCAACAUAGCUUACAACUCUCUAACUCUGAUAUACAACCAAGCGGUGCUUUGGUUCGGGAUGCUGUUCAGCCCACUGCUGGUCGUCUGUGUGACCUUGAAGCUAUUCAUCCUAUUCUACGUGAAGAGGGAGUGUGCUCUUAGAGCUUGUCAGCCGGCUACUAAGGUGUGGCGCGCCGCUCAGACACAAACGAUAUUGUACAUGUUCGUGACGCUGUCGAUGUUCACCACGCUCUUUGUACUCGGAUCUCUGUUCUUCAGGACAUCGUCGCACGCUUGCGGCCCGUUCCGCGGCUACGAGUUCGUGUACAGCGUGGUCAGCGAGGGCGUGCUGCGCCUGCGCGAGCGGGACUCGCUGCGGGCCGCGCUGCACUUCCUCGUCAGACCUGGCGUCAUCGCCUUCGUCACGCUCUCGCUCUGUGUGGUGGUGUACUACGUGCGGUCCCGAGCCCUGGCGCAGCGGUCCAUGGUGCGGCUGCUGCGGCAGAUGCUCGUGCUGCAGGCCAAGGACAAGGACUUCCUGCUCACCGCCAUCUCCAAGGUCUCCAACGGAGAAUGGCUCUACAGUCCGAAGCCAGCGACCGAGGACGAAGGCCCUGACAGCCACACAGUCAAAUACCUCCGGGAUGUACGGAAACCUUCAAACGCGGGCUUUCAUUUCGACGCCUCACGCCUCAGCCACUCUCUGUUAGAAGGUAGACCGAGGUCCUACGCCAAAGACAACAACAGGUCUUCGAUAGCGGAGAGGAAACCCGAAGAUGGAGACACAGAUAGCUCGUUUAGUUGGCAAGGCUCCAAUAAUUAUUUGAAUAAAAGUGAUGAUGGUGAUAAACCAUGGAUGUGA